CCUCAUCACAUCAGAAAGCAAAAACAACAUUUAAAUCAUGUUUCAAACAUCUGUUCUGUCUUUCCUCCUUUGCAUCCUCCUUCGUUUCACCUCCCAGCAAUGUAUGUUCACCUCUGCCAGCGGUAGUAGUUGGGAACUGUUACAGGAAAACGUCGGCAUAGCUGCAAUGCAGAUGGAGUUGCUUAACAACGACCGUGUCAUUAUGUUCGAUAGAACUGAUUCUGGGCGUCUAAUCUCUCUCUACCGAAUGGCAAUUGUCGGAGUGACCCAAAUGACAAGACUGCAAACCGACGUUUGGUGUUCUUCGGGCGCUGUGACGGCGGAUGGCCGUCUCAUUCAAACAGGAGGAUUUAACGAUGGUGAGAGGAGAAUUAGGAUUUUCACCCCUGCAACAACAACUGUGACUAGCCGUAAACAAUUUAAUUAUGAGUUCUAUCCUAAGAAUACUGCUCCUGGUCUAUUCAGUUUGUCAUUCUUGUCGGAAACAAAUGACCGUGGGGUGGAGGACAAUCUUUACCCUUUUGUUAAUCUCAAGAACUUACAAGCUCCAAAUAUCCAAGCUGAAGUGUUGAUAUGCGGCCGAGGUGCUAAUGGAUCUUACACAGAGUCAUUGAAGAAAAAGCUCUUGCCCGAUUUGGAUACUUGCGCUCGAAUCAAUAUAACUGAUCCAAAUCCAGAAUGGGUCAUGGAGACAAAACCGCUACGUAGAGUCCUGGGUGACAUGAUAUUACUACCGGAUAGCACAGUUCUGAUCAUCAAUAGUGCUGCCUCAGGUUCUGCUGGGUGGGAACAGGGUAGGGAUCCUGUAUUGAGUCCAGUCAUCUACCGACCUAAUAAUCCAAUUGGGUCACGUUUUGAAGUACAAAGCCCAACUACCAUCCCUAGAAUGUACCAUUCCACUGCAGGGCUAGUUCAUGAUGGGAGGGUGUUCGUUGCAGGAAGCAACCCUCAUGCUUAUUACAACUUCACAGGAGUACUUUUCCCAACAGAACUACGCUUAGAAGCAUUCCCUCCAGACCAUCUCAACGCCCAAUUUGAUAAUAUCGUCCGAUUAUCGUUGCGCCAGUGAAUCAAAGGAUUCUGUAUUAUGGUCAAAGCCAAAAGGCACGUUUCAGUUGUACAGGGCCAGUGAUCCAGAACCAGGUUGAGGUGGUAUUGGUGGCGCCACCAUUUGUGACACAUUCGUUCUCUUCUCCCAGAACCAAAGGCUACUUGUGCUUGGAAACAACAAGAUGACUGUAUUAAUAACUUUUACGACGUGGA